ACACAAAAUCGAAAACAGAAAUAUUCGCUGCCGGCUUACUUUAUCUCCUGUUAACUCGUGCUACAAUCCUUUUGGAAUUUGUAUCAUCCUCCGGGGGCGCUAUCAGUAUGUCGAACAAGAACAAAAAGCAGUCGGAAAAUGCAGCAACUAAGGAGGAAGAGGUUGUCCAGAUCAACAAAUGGGAUGGUACUGCGGUGAAGCACGCGCUGGAUGAUUCGGUGAAGAAUGCGCUGAUGGAGCACAGCAAUAUGAAGGAACAUUUCGCUAUCAUUGACGGGCGGCUGUUUAUCUGUGCGCAGGCUGUUGCGAUCGCGCUUGUUGCCCUCGGUUAUGACUACCAGUAUUCGUUUCCCGCUUCGAAGCCGGUGCUGAUCGUGUGCGUAUGUUGCUACUUCUUCCUGAUGGGUGUGCUGACCAUCUACACAACGUACGUGGAGAAGGGCAUCUUUGUCGUAGGGAACCAGAAAGACGGCAACGGCAACGUGAAACGAUGGCAGGCAAGUUCGGAUAUGAAGAAAUAUGAUGAUAAGUAUGAGCUGACGGUGCAGCUGAGGGAUUCGCGUGGCAUUCGGGAGGCCACCGUCACCAAGUCGGUUGCAAACUUCAUCGACGUCAAUGGGGUCGUGCUGGAUGACCUGGUGGCCAGCGAAGUUAACCGCAUCCUGAAUUCGCUGAACGCUGACCGCAAGGAUAAGUAAACAGGCACACUUAUACGAUAAGGAAAUAAUAAACUACAAGCCCACAAGCGAA